UCCAACCCUUUAGGUGGCGGUGUGGCACUUUAGUCGCAAAGCGUUACAGAUAUUGCAGAGCCUUCAGCAUCAAUACAAACAACAGUCCCGCUGUGGAACAGCUGCGAAAUCACAUUUUCUCUACUGAUUUGGUGCAUUAUAAACAGGUACGCUGGAAUAUUCAGAGACCCUCUCGGACAUGUCAUAUGUCUUCAUCAAUGACACGUCGCAGACAAGCGUGCCAUUACUGCAGGCCUGCAUUGAUGGAGACCUAGCAUUCGCCAGGCGGCUCCUGGAGACAGGCUGUGAUCCUAACAUCCGUGACAACCGGGGUCGCACCGGCCUCCACCUAGCAGCAGCACGAGGCAAUGUGGAGAUCUGUCGUUUCCUGCACAAAUUUGGAGCAGAUCUGCUAGCCACCGAUUAUCAAGGAAACACGGCACUGCAUCUGUGUGGACAUGUUGACACCAUUCAGUUCCUUGUCUCCAAUGGCCUCAAAAUAGACAUCUGUAAUCAUAAUGGCUCAACUCCUCUGGUGCUGGCCAAGCGACGAGGCGUGAAUAAAGAUGCCAUUCGGCUGCUGGAGGGUCUGGAGGAGCAGGAGGUGAAGGGCUUCAACAGAGGCACUCAUUCCAAACUAGAGACCAUGCAGAUGGCUGAGAGUGAGAGUGCAAUGGAGAGCCACUCACUGCUGAAUCCCAACCUGCAGAACAGUGAGGGUGUACUGUCCAGUUUUCGCUCCACCUGGCAGGAGUUUGUGGAGGAUCUGGGUUUCUGGAGGGUUCUCCUGUUGUUAGUGAUCAUCGCCCUGCUCUCUCUGGGCAUUGCUUACUAUGUGAGUGGGGUACUGCCCUUCUCUGCUAGCCAGCUGGAGCUGGUCCACUGAAAACCACAAAUGCACUUGGUUUCAAACCUAGUCUCGGAUCCCACAAAGCUGUGUUUUAUACGAUUUAAUGAUUUUCUUCAUACGAGUUAGCUCUUAAGUUACUCUUCUCUGGCUAAUGCUGUGUGGAACUAAAAUUAAGGCAUGUAUAGCUUGACAAGUUACUGUUUUUCAGAAAGUCUUAAAAACAUGAAGUAUUUACAGUAUGUGGAGGAAUGUCUUUGAGAAAGGACUUGUUUUGAUUAUGGUGUGUUGUGAACAGUGUUUAAAAGUCUUACAGAAUGAAGCCCUACUUUGAAUGAAUGUACAUUUUUAUUUCUUUAUAUAUAUUCUUAUAAAUUCAUGACAAGGUUCAGGAGAGAACAUUUGGCUUUACUUUCUGGAGUACAGAUUAAGCCGUUCCAAUAUAUGAGGCAGAAAAAUUUGUGGAAAUUAAAUAUUUUCACUCAUAGUGCUUUUUUUUUUAUUCUCAUGCACACAUGUAAAAUGAUGUUAAUUCUCUAGUUUGUCUUUCAAGACGUGUGCUGUAUUACUUUUUAUAAUGUGUUGACAUGUAGAUGAUCAGAAUGUAGACAGUACAAAUAGGUUUUUUACUUAUAAUAUUUCAUCUUGUCAUUAACUUGGACUUGAUACCUUUUACUGGCUUGACCACUUUCUGUUUUAUGUCAGUAUGUUGUGAUUGUUAUAUGAAACUUUGUAACCAAAAAAGGGUGUAAGCUCUUAUUCCCUACCCAUUAUUCAUUAUUCAGAUUUCUUGUCCAUGUGUAAAAUGUGGAACACCAGUGAUCUAUGAAAAAGGGCAAGGAAAAUUUCUAAUAAUUGAUAUAUUAUGGCUUAAGGGCACUUAAGAUCACAGGUUGCUCCUUUUAAUAUGGUUGUAAAUUAGUGUAGCAUGUCUUUGUAAGAUGUGGUCAUUUCCACUGUGUCUGUGCAAGAGUCUCUUUUUUUUCCCCUCAUUUGAAAUGUUUUUUGUUUUUUCCCAAUUAUCUGGAAUAAUGCUGCAUCAGUGUUCAAAUGUGGCAUUUUCCAUAUAGUGUUGAUGACGAUGAUGAUAAGUAUUAUUAUUAUUAUUAUUAUUCCCGUAUUGCUACAGCAGCAGGUGACCAAGUUUAGUUUGAUCAGUGUUUAACUGAAGGCUCUUUACAGUUGUUUUGGAAGUUGCUUAUUGUUUACUUAUCCUUUGGAUAUUUUGUAAUUAUUUCAAAUGUGUUUAAACAGCACUCACUGUUAUUUACUGUUGGAAUUUCCUAAUUUAACUAUUAAAUUACAAAUAAUAUGGA